AUGCCAAAUCUUUCAAAAUGGGCAAAAGAGUGGACUAAGGAUAAACAUGAAUUUGUACUUGACCUGGCAUCUAUGACGUACAGAGUAUUUUCAGACGAAGAAGUUAAACCUGAACCUGGUAUGAACAAUAGUCGUUAUACUCAAAAUGAUGUCUAUUAA